AUGUUGGUUUUAGUUCCCCAACCAAAACAGCUAGAUAGACAAGUAGCUCCACUCUCUCAGGUCCAAUCUGGCCUAGAGACGUCUAAUAGGUUUAUUACAGGAUAUGAGGGAAAUGAUUCUGAGGAGGAGAAGCUGAUAGAAAGGGACAAAGCUGCUGCUACGAAACUGGAAGAGGAAACUAUCAAGAAGGGUAGGAGUAAAUCGAGGACUAAAAGCAAGGGUUCAGCAUGCCCUCCUGCCAAAGAAUACAUUAACCUUCCACGGUUGAAAGAUAAUUACGGUUACGUCGUCAGUGGAUUUGGCUACCACCCUAAGACUAACAAAUACAAGGUCAUUCAAAUCUGUUACCCCGACAUAAUUUACAAUACUGAGCUAGAUACCAAAGGAUUCGUCGAGGUGUAUACACUUGGAAGUGGCACUAGAUGGAGAAGCAUCAGAGAAAUCACCUACCAACUAUACAAGAGGGGUGUUCUUGCCAACGGAUCAGUUUACUGGCUGGAUUAUCAACAAAAGAAAAUAGUUGCUUUUGAUAUAGCAGAUGAAGAGUUCCGAUGGCUCCCAACUGUACCGCAAUGUUUUCAUGGUCGUAACGCAACAAGAUAUAUGAUCAAGGUGUUGGUAGGGGUUUUAUUUCUUGUUCAUUGUGAUGAAGAUCAGCCUAUGGACAUAUGGGCAUAUAAAAGGAAGCAGAAGGAUGGCGAUGAUAAUAAUGAUGAGGGACACUGCUCUUCAAGUUGGAAUUUGGAGUUCUCUAUUCCAUGGUCAAUUCUGAGGAAAGUCCUAUGCGAGCCGUUUGCUGAAAAGAAUUGA